GAAGUAGUUGCUAUUAACGACCCAUUUAUGGAUCUUAACCACUUAUGCUAUCUCUUGAAAUACGAUUCAGUACAUGGUCAAUUUCCUUGUGAUGUAAGCCACGCUGAUGGAUUUUUAUUAAUCGGAGAUAAGAAAGUCAGUGUUUUUGCUGAAAAGGAUCCAUCUCAAAUUCCUUGGGGAAAAUGCCAAGUAGAUGUUGUAUGUGAAUCAACUGGUGUAUUUUUAACCAAAGAAUUAGCUAGCAGUCACCUUAAGGGAGGAGCCAAGAAGGUUAUUAUGUCCGCCCCACCAAAGGAUGACACCCCAAUUUAUGUUAUGGGUAUUAACCACCACCAAUAUGAUAGCAAACAACUUAUUGUUUCCAAUGCAUCAUGUACCACAAACUGCUUAGCUCCAUUAGCUAAAGUUAUUAAUGAUCGUUUUGGAAUUGUUGAAGGUUUAAUGACCACCGUUCAUGCAUCCACUGCUAACCAAUUAGUUGUUGAUGGUCCAUCAAAGGGUGGUAAGGACUGGAGAGCAGGUAGAUGUGCAUUAUCCAACAUUAUUCCAGCUUCCACUGGUGCAGCUAAAGCUGUAGGUAAAGUUUUACCUGAACUUAAUGGAAAAUUAACAGGUGUAGCUUUCAGAGUACCAAUUGGAACUGUAUCAGUUGUUGAUUUAGUUUGCAGAUUACAAAAACCAGCAAAAUAUGAAGAAGUUGCUUUAGAAAUUAAAAAAGCUGCUGAAGGUCCACUUAAAGGAAUCUUAGGAUACACUGAAGAUGAAGUUGUUUCUCAAGAUUUCGUUCAUGAUAACAGAUCAUCAAUCUUUGACAUGAAAGCUGGUUUAGCCUUAAACGACAAUUUCUUCAAAUUAGUUUCAUGGUACGAUAAUGAAUGGGGAUACUCAAACCGUGUUCUUGAUUUAGCCGUACACAUUACUAACAACUAA